AUGCGCAUUGUGAACGGAGAAAUCGUGCUCGAUACUGCUUCCUUGCAGGUUGACCGCCAUGCGGAUGCCGCACGAAAUGCCGGCGCGCUGGAGGACGUCGUGGAAAACACACUCACUCGGAAGAUCAACCAGUCUACUUACGGAAAACGGUCCAAAACCGAGUCCUGGGAUGAGGAAAUGACGGAUCUAUUUUAUCGAGGGUUGCGUAUCUUCGGCACCGAUUUCAUGAUGAUCAGCAAACUUUUCCCGGGAAGAAGCAGGCGGCAGAUCAAGUUAAAGUUUAACAAUGAAGAGCGCCGCGACCCCUUGCGCAUCAAGGAUACCCUUCUCGGUCCACGGGAGAGUAUUGACAUCAAUACCUAUUCCCAAAUGACCAACACGGUGUAUGAUGAUCCCAAAGUCAUACAACAACAACUAGACGAAGAACGGAAACAGAUGGAGGAACAGCAUGCCAAAGAGAAGGAGGCUCAAGAAGCACUGCUUCGCAAUCCGGAUGGUGCGGCUGAAGGAGCUGGUCAAAAUGGUGAUAUGCCUGCUAAGGUCAAACGACCCAGCCGGAGGCAGGCGAUGAAAGCUAUGGCCGGUGGAACAGAGGAGGUAUUGGGCACGAUCGACGACGUGCCUUGA